AUUCUUCAUAUUUUGUAGACUAAAAUGAAAUCCAUCGCACUCGCAUUGCUCUUCUCUCUAGCGUCCAAGGCAGGAGCCGAAGUUAGCCCUGCCGUUCUCGAUCUUCUUCAGCUCGACAAAGCUCAAGCUGUUGUUUCGGACGCUUCACAUGGAGACUUGAAAUACAAGCUGGUAACAGCCCACCAUGACUCCCAUCUUACAAGGAUAACAGAGGGUCAGCAGACCGUAUGGGAGGGAGAAUUGUAUCACAAGGAGUGCGAUACUGUAAUUGUACAUUUGGAUAAACAGGGCAAAGAAUUCCUUGUAAAUGUCGGUGUAAAAGGUCCAAAGGAGACACACCACGAGUAUUUUGAGAAGAAGAAUGGUUCUUACAGAUCUGUUAAUGGUCUAGCCUACACUGAUGCUAUUGGCAACAGUGUCUUGGAUGAGGUAAAAUCCGCCUCUCUUGACAUUUCAGCUGUUCAAGAGGACAUGGAUGCAUUCCAAGUCGGUAGUGUUGCUGAGAAUGGUGUUGAAUCAAAGUUAUUUACCGCCAAAUUCCAGCAUGCAUGUACUGAGGUCAGGGAUGGUAGUCAAGGUAUCUGGAAGGCCGGUGAUGAAGAGAAGGCAUCCCUAGUUGCGUUCCACGAAUGCGGACACUGCGCUCAUGUUCAUGUUACCGUUGUUCACCCAUCAAGGGAAGCUCAGGAGUUCUGCUUCGAGAAGAAGGGUGAAUCAUGGCAAUUGGGUACAUGCCCAGAACUCCGCUCUUGCAAGGCAGAAUGUAGCUGCCAAGACUGUCAAGGCAAGUGUUGCUCAGAGACAAAUCUCAGAGGAGAUCCACUCUUUCAACUUCCAGGCGUUUAAUUAGUUGACUUUACAGGCUGAAUAGCCAUCAGCCCGAAAAUUA